AUGUCCUUGAUCAACGAUCUACUCGAGGAUCUGGAGUCGACACUUUGGUACUGUUCUUUGGACAUGGCAAGUGGAUUCUGGGUAGUGAAAAUGACGGAUCGUGCUCGGUUGAUCUCGGCUUUUGUCACUCCUUUUGGAUUAUUUGAGUGGAAUCGAAUGCCUUUCGGCCUGAAGAACGCGCCCCAGAUCUAUCAACGCAUGAUCGAUAAUGCAUUGUAUGGGUUUACCCGGAUCCCGGGGGCUGAAGAUCACGGAAGUAUGGUGGAUGUGUUUGAGGACGGAGAACCAGUGGAUCCAGGCAAGCCUUCGGUGUUGGGCCGCAGAUCAUACAUCGAUGACAUCCUGAUCCCUGCCGAUAACUGGGAUCAACUAUGUGACCGAGCCGAGGGAUUGCUCGAAGCGUGCGAUAAAUGGAACCUGUCGAUCACUGUAGUCAAACGUUUCUGGGGAAUGCCCAAGGUCGAAUACCUGAGCCAUAAGGUCUCACACAAUGGACUGGAGGCGAAUCCAAAAGAUCUGUCUCGAUUUAUCGAAGACUACGCGAUCUACGCGUCGGUCCUGUAUGAAUUGCGAGAAAUCGACUUUGCCGCGAUGGCGAAAGAGGCGACCCAAGGGCGGAUCCAACAAGUACUGGAAGCAGAAGGCGUGGAUCCAGGGUCACAGGAAGAUUUGAAGGUCGCCCACCAGAGGACCUUGGAUCUGGUGGUGUCUGAUCCUACCGAGGUGGAUCCGCGUUGGAUCCACGCCCAUCGGCCCUUCAACGUGCUUAAAACCAGGAUUGCUACAACUCCGAUCUUACGACAUUUUGAUCCAGAUCGGAAGGCCACAGUGGUGGUGUACGCUAGCGACUGGGCCAUCUCGGGAGCUUUGAUGCAAGAAUACGACCAGAUCUACUACCCCGUAACGUUUGCGACGUUUGGGAGCCGUACUCUGAAGUCGAAUGAGUUAAACUAUGGGAUCGCGGAGAAGGAAGUGUUAGCCCUUCUGAGGAUCCUGGAUCUAAACUACAAUACGUUG